GCUUAUAAAGAGCGGGUCACACGCGUUUUGUUAGUCUUGAGCGACGGUCAGAUGCGUUGGGACUUUGGUAUUGAUGUGUAAUCAGAUGGGAAGCAGCAGGACUCACCGCGCUGCUGCUGUUACUCCGUCCACCCGCUGCCUUUCACUUUCGCUUCGGCGAGAGGAGGUGAAACAGAAACACGAAUACACUCACACGAAGAAAAGCUCUCCGACCUGAAGCAAGAUUCAGACACGUUCAAAUUUACCCAAAACUGCGAAGUAAAACUUGAAAACUGCGCAGUUUCAAGUGCGUCUGUUCUGCUUCCGGUUGGGCACAGAGAAUAAAGGAGAAGUCUUAAACCUAGAAAAAACUGUUUCAAAGAGAAAAUCAAAAUGAGCUUUCAGGACCAGGAGCAGGCAGAGAAGAAAUACGACCCACGAGACGCUACUCUGAAGUUUGUUAACAAGGGGGAUGACUUGGAUCCCGUCUCUUCAGAUUUUGUCUCUCUGCGAGCAGAGAUGUCCUGUGGCCACGCAGUCACUCCCGAUUCUUUGACGCAGUGGUGUCGCUGCCUGCUGGAUGAGGGAAAUUACACAUUCAGAUGUCCUGCAUUGGUAGAGGGUACCAAACAGUGUAAUAAAGUGUGGUCGUACCAAGAGAUCCGGAGGCUCGCUGAUCUAACCGUUGAGGAAAUGGAGCACUUCGAGGAGUCCAUGGCCCGCCUGGCCCUUUCAGAGUACUGCGAUAGUCAGCCAUGUCCACAGUGUAAAACACAGGUUGAGAGGAAGGAUCUGUCCAACCUGUGCGUCCAGUGCAUCAUUUGCACAGACAAGCAGAAGGCGUCCUAUCAGUUCUGCUGGCAGUGUCACAUGAAGUGGAAGGGUCCAGGUCCUCGGUCAGAUCGCUGUGGCAAUGACGGCUGCAUGAACAAGGACCUGCUGCUCCUGCAAACAUGCAAGACCAUCAGUCUGCCUGAGGUGGAGGGGGCCACCGGCGUCCCCUCUGUCCGAGCCUGUCCUGUAUGUGGCAUGAAGGUGGAACAUAAUCAACAGCACUGCAAAAAUGUUAUCUGCCCUCGCUGCAAAAACGAGUUUUGUUUUCUCUGCCUGAAACUAAAGCUGCAAUGCUGUCAGACCAGUUCACCAUACAAAGUCUGUCCCAGUGGUGUGGCCCCAAGACAGACAGCUAUCCCUGUUUGGAAGAAAAAAUGAGGACGAGAUCAGAGUUUAUCCUGAUUUGUAGGCCAGGUAGUAAAUAAAGCAAUUCAGAUUUUCAGAUUCAAACAACAAGUAUCUCUUUUUCCUGCACAUCCAAAGACAAAAUAUAUAGUUUUACUCUGAUGUUUCUUUCUGGCUUAACUUUUUUCUAAUUCUUUUUUUUAAGUUUCUGAUUUUAUUUUGAAAUAUUAUUUCUAGCAAAUGAAAUCACAGAAACCUGAUUGUAAUGGGUUCAAUUUUAUAUGCGAGUAUGCCAGCAACAUUUACCAUAAUGUGUUGUUUGAAUACAGUGCGAUAAAGUAAGUUUUCUGCCAUUAAGCAAAAAUAAUGAAAUACAAGUUACAUCUCUAUAACAAGAAAAGGCCUCUGAUGGUUGGCAGGUCCACUUCACUUUCUCUUGAUGACCACUAAACAGUUCUGGACAGAGCAUUUUACACAAAUAAUACAUUAAUCAACAAACACAUGAACUGUUCUUUACAUCAAAUAAACAACAAUAAGUCAAUAAACAUGUUUCACUUAUUAACUACGUACAGAUUCUUGGUGGGAUGCCUGCAGUUGCAAAAUAAGUCAUCUUGUACAUGAGUCUAUAAGAAAAUGAAUUUUUCUCACUUUAUAUCUAAUUUAUUAUAUGCUAUUUUUAAAUGUGCAGUCCUCUUGUGAAUGCCUGCAGCACUCUUUUUUCCCCUCCAAAUGUUCUGUAUUCUUGAGAUCAAUAAUUAAAGCCAAAAAAACAGACUUAACC